GUCCACGUACUCACCUCAAAUUCAUCACAAGAUGGGUGACAAUGAGAACCCCCCUCCCCCCACGUCGACUGAUUCUGAGGUGUUGGCACGUUUGAGGAGGUCCGUCAUUGGUAGAUGGAGACCCCCUUCUCGCCAGGGAUCGAGCACAGCCACUACAUCCACAGGCAUUCCCUCUAUUACCUCGAGUCCAUUCACUGACACGCAGGUGUCCCCCUCCACCCCACGUUCUACGCCAUCUCGCCCUUGUACGUCAGCAUCUAGGGUGGGGGAGAAUAUUGAGGAUCAGGAGGAUGGAGUUGGCGAUGACCAUGACUUCGAGGACUGCUUUGGCGAGGGACGCAGUGGCGGGGCGCGUGAUGGUGAGGACGAGGUCCACGAUAAUGUGGACCAACAGGGUGGAUAUCACGAGGGUCCCGGUCAUCACGGUCAGUUCGUGUAUGUCAAUUCGGAUGACGAGGUUACAAUCACUAGAGCUGGUGCUGCACUCAUCACACCAGCAUUCUACGAGAGGACGGACGCGACUGGCUUUUCGUGGGGCAAAGUCUCAAAGACGACGAAGGAGUUCUACUUUCGAGAGUUCAAGAAAAAUGCUCGAGUGGAUCCGUCCAUUGAUGAGGGCAUGCUGAGGAAAGCUUUUCUCAGGAAAGCUGCUAAACGGGUUGACACUACUUUUGUUGUUGAGUUGAUGGCACAAAUCUUCGAACUGCGCGAGGAGGCUAGACAAAAUGGACUUAAAGUCACCGAAGAAGGAAUAUGGUACUCGCUAGUCGAGGGCCAUAACGCAAAGAACCGUGUUCCUGGAGUUGGUGACUAUGCACGGGAAAUGAAGAAGAUCAAUCCGUCCUCCAAACCUCGCCGUUCCAGCACUAGUAGCAGCAGCGCGGCGGAGAUGGCAGCACUUAAAGAGCAAAACCAAAGGCUGCAGGAACAACUUGAUAAUCUAACCUCAAACUUGUCGCUGACGAUUCAGGAGGAAAUAAGGAAGUUAUAUGGUGAGUGUUGGGCGGUUAAGAAGACUCAUGUGCGUCGUCUGCAUGCGGCGGAGAUGCGGAUGUUACGAUGGAUGUGUGGGAAGACAAGGUUGGAUAGGGUUUCAAACAAAGUUAUCCGACGUCAGGUAGGCAUGGCACCUGUGGAAGAUAAGUUGCGGGAAGCGAGGUUGAGAUGGUUUAGCCAUGUGAGACGGCGGGAUCCUGACGCCCCUGUACGGAGAUGCGAGAGGAUUACAGUUAUCGGGGGAAGUAGGGGAAGGGGUAGACCUAGGAAGAAUUAGAAGGAGGUGGUGUAACACCCGCCUUCCGUGGACCCAGUUCACCCGCGACCCAACGGACCGGUAGGGUUACAUGAACAGUCCGAGAACCAUCCGUUACGAAAACAUCACUGACUAUUUAAUAAGAAAACGGUUGGGUUUUA